AGAAUAUGGCUCGAGGAAGUACCAGCACUUUCGCGUUCGCGCUUUUUACUUUUCUCUUCUUCGGAUCUCAUGCCGCACAUCGGCACAAUGAGAAUCAAAGAGGAGGAAGAUUUUCCAAACUCAGUGGAAAGGCAUUGGAAGGGUUCGUCAUCGCCACGCACCACGUGACAUCCCCUGUUUGGUGUGGCGCGCAGUGCCUGGAGAACACACAGUGCGCCUCAUACAACGUGAAGAAUGGUGUCACGUGUGAGCUGAACAACGAAACCAUGGCAACACAGACCGCGUCUCUCAAGACAGACCCAAAAGCAGACCACUACUACAACGAAGACAUGGAGUACAAGUCGUGUUUGAACCACAUGAAGGGAGGGGCUACCGAAUCAGGCAUCUACACUAUCACCUUCAGCGAUGGAGCGCGGGGCAAAGUGUGGUGCGACCUGACAUCUGAGCCUGAUUCUGCCUGGACAAUGAUACUCUCAUUUGCAAUGAAGAACAGACAGAUCCGAGCGUUCUGUAACGACCCCUUUAAACUCAACUCCCCAAGGCAAAGCGAAAACCCAAACUGGCAAGACUACCGCAUUGAGCUCUCAAAGAUGCAGCAUCUUGUCGCCCAGUCCACUCACUGGCGCGCCACCACAGGGUUCCCAGUCUACGGCGUCGAUUACCGUGAUUACGCGAGGGGGCUGUUGUCAAAGCUCGACGUUUUCACUGAUACUUCCUCUUGCCACGACAUUGAGUAUGUGAAUGUGCGCGGCUACUCCGCCACUGACUCGGCCGCUUCCUUUUGGCAUAGGGGCAGUUAUCCCAUACAUAUAGAUACCUCGAAAACGAGUUGCGGACUUUAUGCUCCUAAUUCUGUGUCUAGUGAGAACACUUUUGGUGUUUAUUGCCACGAAUCUUGGAAUUCCAAAUUUCGUGGAUGUGAGAGCGAUGAGAGCACGACCCAGUGGUGGUUCGGAGGGUAUAUGGACUGAUAUUCACUCUCAGAUACACACCCAGUGGUGAUUCUGAGGGUAUUAAAACUGAUAUUCACUCUCAGAUACACACCCAGUGGUUAUUCUGAGGGUAUUAAAACUGAUAUUCACUCUCAGAUACACACCCAGUGGUUGUUCGGACGAUAUUUAAACUGAUAUUCACUCUCAGUUACCUCACACCCAGUGGUGGUUCAGAGGAUAUAUGAACUGGUAUUCACACUCAGUGAUGGCUUGGAGGAUACAUGAAGUGACAUUCACUCUCAGAAACCUACAACCACUGGUGGUUCGGAGCGUGUAUAAACUGUGGGUGACGUUUGGCAAGGUAUUAAAGAGCAUCGGAGUGCAGUAUUCCUGGACAGUGGUCCUUGGUUACCAAAUGAGCAUGAACUCGUCAGCAGUUGUAAAAAGAGAUGUAAUUCUACAUAGACAAGUAUAUCCGCACUACAUUCGCUUUUCCAGUACCUGGCACCGCGAGGUCAAUUUAGCCGGCUCUGUCUUAAAGAACGUCGAUCAGCCUCUCCUUAAUUGUUGUUUCCAUUUAAAAAUACAACGAUCUCAUUAAAGUGUGAUAGUGAUUGAUAUGAUUUCAGUUGCUUAGGGCCGUAGCUGGGGGCACGCCCCCCCCCAAAUGUUUCCAAAAAUUAUAAGGAAAUGACCAGAAGGGGCGUGGCUGUUCCCCCGAUAUUUUCUUCAUGUUUCUGUAUCGUCCCCCUCCCAAUCCCAAUAUUUGUAGGCCUGCUUCUGCUCUGAUGCUUUGUACGUAUGGUACUUCAUUCAUAUUCUGUAAACACCUCGCGAAAUGGGUCUCUGAUUCAAUAACCAAAAUAUUUUCCUCAUUAGUCGCCGACCGUGUGACUGCUCUUGAAACAUGUAGAUACAGAAACAUUAUGCAGUUUGUACGACAUUUUUAUGAUUUGUAAUUUUUUUUCGUUUAUUAAUUCAUAAUAUGUGCAACAUUAAAAAUUAUUGAGUGUA